UGUUCUCUCCUCUUGGAGGGCGGGGCCUCGCCCUUUUUAUAGCUGGAGGCCGCGCCAGUCCGCCUCAUGCUGGAGAAGAACUGGCUCUUCCAGAGUUUCAGCAGAAAUAAUCUUGCUUCUUCGUAAGAGGAAUUCGAGCACUUGAAAACAUGUCUGGAAAACCAAAGCUUCACUACUUCAAUGGAAGAGGCCGAAUGGAAACCAUAAGAUGGCUUUUGGCUGCUGCAGGAGUAGAGUUUGAAGAAGCAUUCAUUCAAAAAAAGGAAGACCUAGAAAAGUUAAGGAAGGAUGGAUACCUGCUCUUUCAGCAAGUGCCCAUGGUGGAGAUCGAUGGGAUCAAGAUGGUGCAGACAAGAGCCAUUCUCAACUACAUCUCAGCAAAAUACAAUCUCUAUGGGAAGGACUCCAAGCAGAGGACAUACAUUGAUAUGUACUGUGAAGGGAUUAUGGACCUGAAUGAGAUGAUGAUGAUGCUGGUGCUCAAACCAGCUGACGCAAAAGAGAAGGAGCUGGCAACGAUCCUUGAAAAAGCCACAAACAGAUAUUUCCCAGUCUUUGAAAAGGUCCUCAAAGAUCACGGACAAGACUUUCUGGUUGGAAACCAGUUGAGCAGGGCUGAUGUGCAAUUGCUUGAAACCAUUUUAAUGGCAGAAGAGCUGAAGGAUGAUAUUCUCUCCAAAUUCCCUCUUUUAAAGGCAUUUAAAGCAAGGAUGAGCAACAUACCAACAAUUAAAAAAUUUCUGCAGCCUGGGAGUCAGAGAAAACCACCAACUGAUGAGAAAACUUUAGCAGAAGCAUUGAAGAUUUUCUUCUGAAUUGUGCCUGAGUAGAACACAUUCCAGACUGAAUUCACAUAAGCACAAUGAAGAACCAAAUGAUGAGGUGUCUCAUGAGGAAAUAAUGACAAUCUGUGCAGUAUUAGACUAGAUGAAAUAAAACAUUUUGCAGCAUUUGAA